ACCAAAAUGCUGGGAACCAUUGUGAUUAUUGUAGUGUUAGCACUAGUGGUGCGCGCAGCAUGGAGAUUCCUGGAUACGUAUUGGUUCCGGCCUAAAAAACUGGAGAAAAUCCUCCGGAAACAGGGCCUGACAGGCAAUCCUUACAGGUUUUUCUUCGGAGAUGCCAGGGAAACAGGCAAAAUGUUCAAGGAGUCCUACUCCAAGCCCAUCGGCAUCACCGAUGACAUCGCCCCUCGUGUCAUCCCCUUCGUUACUAAAACCUUAAGGACAUAUGGUGAAAAAUCGUUUAUAUGGGUGGGGCCUAAACCGGUGGUGUUCAUCUUCGACCUGGAGGCCAUGAAAGUUAUAUUGAACAAAUAUGUUCUGUUUCAGAAGUCUUUUAAGGAAUCUAAUCCCAUAUUCAAAAGGCUGGUGGGUGGACUUCUUGUCUAUGAGGGCGAACAGUGGAGCCAAAACAGAAAGAAGCUCAACCCAGCCUUUCAUUUGGACAAGCUCAAGGAGCUAGUAAAUACGAUGCAGAAACAGGGACAGGAAACUCUGGAUGAAUGGAGCAGCAUGAUGCCCAAGGAUGGAUCACCCCUUGUCGUUGAUGUUUACCCUUAUCUCAAAGUCUAUACAGGUUGUGUGGUUUCACACACAUUGUUCAGCACUCCUCCCACUCCGUUAGUCAAAAGAACUUUCACAAUUAUCUCUGAGCUCACACAUAUUUCAAAUCAGGCUCAGCCUUUUACCAUCCCUGGUGAGAAGUACUUUCUCAAGAAAUAUAGAAGGGCCAACGAGAUCGAGGACGAAUUAACAGCCACAUUCACAGGUAUGAUUGAGGAAAGGUUAAAGAAGAGAAAGGUAGGAGAGAGGAAAGGUGAACCGGACUUAUUUGACUUGGUUGUGGAUGAGCUUGAAGAAUUAGACAGCAACGACAAGAAUGCUCGUGCCGCCGCCGUCUAUGAGAUCAUACAACAGUGCAAGCUAUUCUACGUGGCUGGUCACGAAACCACUGCUAAUCUUAUCACUUGGACUAUAGUCAUGCUUUCCUAUCACAAAGAAUGGCAAACUCGUGCCAGAGAAGAGGUUUUCCAAGUCUUGGGCGACAGGCAAAACAUCACUGCUGAUGACUUAGCCAACCUCAAAUAUGUAACAAUGAUCGUAAACGAGACGUUGCGUUUGUUCCCACCGGCAGUUGAGCUGACCAGAGUAGUAGAAGAAGAAACAACCCUGGGAGACCUAGUCCUACCCAAAGGCUCAAUGGUAAUGAUGCCGGUAGUUCUACUGCAUAGGGACCCCAAAAUAUGGGGUGAUGACGCGAUGGAGUUCAGGCCCGACAGGUUUGCGGAAGGAGUGCUGAAAGCAGCCAAUGGUCAUUCCGCGUUCCUACCCUUCGGCUGGGGUGUCCGCACUUGCAUUGGAGCAAACUUGGCAACGAUGGAGGCUAAAUCGUUUAUCGCAUUGUUCCUGCGCAACUUCAGCUUCGAGCUUUCACCAAAAUACGCACACGCACCAAUGGUUACAUUGCUCAUGCAACCGCAGUACGAUGUCCCUGUCGUUAUGCGCAAGCUCUAGAUAAGAAAUGUGGUCGAUCCAUCGACUCACUAAUUUCUCUAGUUAAUUAUUAUAUAUUUGCUAAUUAAAGUAAUCAUUAUCCGGUCCGAGACUGCACGCAUUAUGUACGUACACUACACUGUGCGCAGUGUGUGAAAAUACUGAUUUCUACUCUAGGAUAAAUAAAAUGUACACUUUACUAUGUAAGUUAUUGGAUUCCACCCUCUUCUUCACGUGAUCCUAAUAAAAUUACGUGUAUUUCAUGUA